CUGCUGGACGGAGAAAGUGCUGCAUGUGGAAGAUUCUGAAAGAACCUCCUGUCUUAGACGAUUGCGUCAGUAUAUCUCCUCUGAGGGGCUGUCCCUGCAGAAAGCCCGGCGCUUCCUGGAGAGGGAGAGUGGUCGUCUGAGUGAGAGACAGGCAGUGCUGCAGGCAGCUCAGGCCCAGUCCAGCUCCUCUCAGUACCCCAACACCACCAGCCACGCCCAGGCCACACAGGAGAUGUACAGGAACCUGCAGCAGGUACGUGAGGCCAGUGACGUGGAGGAGUUGAGGMUGACUGUGCAGAGGGGGAACUCGCUGCUACGCAGGAAGGAGGAGCGACUGCAACAGCUAGAGAGCUCCGUWGCUGAAGAGGUCUCCCCUCAUCACUACUAUGAUGACCAGGACAGACUGGCGACUGAUAGGAAGGUGGCCUUCGAUGUGACUGAAUCAGAUAUGAGCAGCGUCAGCAAUGGCCUGGAUGGCCCCGGUGAGGAGCCCACAGUGCCAGCUAAGGUGCAGCACUUAGCCGAGUCGCUCCAGCACAUCUCUGGCCAGCUCAGCACAGUCCUGGGGGCCCUGGGCUCCCUGACCCAACGCCAGACCCCUUACCAGCCUCUCCCCCUACCCCUGCCCCUCUCCCAGCCACGAACCCCCACCUCAAUGCCUCUUUCACAGCUCUCCAUGCCUCUGUCUGGGCCCUCCUGGGCGUGGGCUCCUCARAGCACCUCCAUCCAGCCACGGGGUUCUGAGGACCUGCUCAACAGCCGCUGGGCCAAGCUCUUCCCUGGGGCUCCUAUUGAGUCCAUAGCCACCAGRUCCUUGAGGACGCAUGCGCUUUAUUCAGGGUACAGUCCUGCAAGUGAGCAGGCUCGUAGUCUGUCCUCCAUGCAGCCUAAGGCAGUGGAGAUGGAUGGCCAGAGGCUACAGGGUCUGAUCGACGGCAACAAGAGAUGGCUGGAGACACGCAGGAAAGACCCCAGUGUACCUCUGUUCACGCGUUAUCGGACCCCCCCAACUAUGAGUGGACUGGUCCAGCUGAGCCUGGAUGACAACAACCAGAUUAAAGUGUACCAUUACUAAAGGGGGGUGGGUGAAGUUACAUACGGCGCAAGGAUCAACACAAGAUGUACUGUUACUGAAAAAGGGCUAAGGACAAGGGUGGGUUUUUAAAAUUAACUUUGAGUAAUACAGGGAUCCCUCUAGCUCUGGUCCAGGGAGUUAUUAGAGGAACCCCCUCGACUAUGUGUGGACCAAAGGAACACCCUGGACCAGAGCUAGGAUUCCUCUACAACCAGAUUUACAUAUCAYACUACUGUAAGAAAUAUUUUUAAGACGUCUGUCCUCUGGUGAACUCCGCUUUAGCUGRGAUUGUGUUACAGAAGAGUGAGCGGACACGGGACUGUUUCAGUGGACUCUGUCAUUUUAUUCCAUUGGCAUGCAAGGGUGAAUAGCUUGGGAGUAUGGAGASAAUAGUCCCGUAGUCAACAAAUCAGUUUGUUUCCCAAUUUUUUGGCCUCUAGCUAUUUAAAUGUUUCAAAAGCAGAUUGCAUAGUUGUUACAUAUACAGUAGGUGCUUCACUUUAUUAGGAGAGACAUCUUGAGGUUGGAGUGAGAUACUGUUGAUAGCUGACAUAAGCCUCAUAACUGAUGUGAUAAGUGACUAAAGAUCAUUGUCAUGGUAUCAGGUUGUAUAAGAGACAUAUCACUCAUUCCGCUGUAUGAGAAGUUCAAGCCAUACCAUAAUAACCACUACAAGAGCAAGACAAUGACUUGAGGGAUUCACAGUCUAUGAAAUUCUGGUAAGAGGGACUCUUCCAGUGUGUUUUACUGUGCAGCUAGACGUGUAAUGUUUACCAUAUUUUUUAUAAGAAACAUUUUAAUAAAUGUAAAGUGGUGUAUA